CCGUAACCGGUUUUCCUACACAGAUAGUGGGCCCCUGCCACCGCCAGUUGCCAGACUACUCAGUUUCGGCACUAUUCCAUUGCCAGUUUCCUCCAAGACUCGGAAUCCUUACUGGUUCAUCAAUGGCGAUUACGCACACUCACACACUGUUUCGCACUCAGGCUUGAAGAAAAGAAAUACACCAAAAUUGGAAGAAGACAACAAGGAAGAAGAUUUACAAAUUCCAUAGCAAAACGAAAAGAAAAAAGAAAAAAAAUCAUGGACCCUGGAGAAAUUCAACCAGAACAGCAGCAACAGACGCUGGCUCUGAAGCAGCAGUUUCAGAUAGACUACUCUGUGUUUUUCAACUACACGACUACCUCAAGCUACCAGAAUUCUCGAUCCUUGCUGCAGAAGGAGAAGAACAACAACAACAACCAGGUUGACGAGCGCCUGAUUCCGCAUACGAAGAAGAGGGGUAGGAGUAAAGGAGGCGCUUGGCUCUCUUCUUCGUCUUCUUCAACGGCUUCUCUGUUCCUUUUCAGAUACACUUGUCAUUCUCCGCUCGUCCUCCUCAUCUCCCUUGCUGGAAGAAUCCAAGAGGAACACUUCAUUUCCAAGCUGCACUUUUCUUGGCCCCAGAUGUCAUGCGCAUCCAGUAGCAGAGUGGUACUUGCAAGCUACAAAGACUCAGUGGGCCAGAUACAAAAGUUUGCUAUGCGUUUUGUGAACUCAUUGGAGUCACAAUCUUUCAUAGACUCCUUGAAGGAGAGCUUGAAAGAAGUGGAGGCAACUGGGGCAUCGACUGGCAAUUUUCUACUAGGACAACCAGAAAAUGAGUGCAUUCAAAUGGAUGGAGUGCAUCAAAGUGCGGCUGAAGAAUUGAAUCCUAUCUGUCCAGCUAGUGAUGUUACUCCUCUAGUGCAAAUGUCUGUUAGUCAUGAUGUGGGAAAUGCUGUCUCUAGGGAAACACUAUCUCCUGCUAACAAUAGAAGCAUUGAUGGAAACCUACCUUCGAGUUUCACAGCCUUCCUUAAUGAUAGCUGUACUGAGCCACAAGAAGAACCUUUGAAUGUCGCCUUGGAAGAUGAUCCCUUCUCCCACCUUGUGAAAAACUUGUCUGCUUCUACCUUUUAUGUCAUGUUGGGUAAACUGGAGAAAUUCAUCAGAGACACCGGAGGAGACCUGGCUUUACGGCUGUCCUGAUUGUUCAUCUACUCCUCUGUUAAAGUUGAACAUUCUCCGUUGUUAAUACCAUCCUUCAAAUACUCUGUCAUAGAACUUGUAAUCUUUAGUCUCAUCUAUCUAUAUAUCCAUGUAUAGGCUUAUGGUGCAUCUUGGCAGUAUGGUUUUGUUUGCAUUUUGGUUCUUUAGUUCCUAUAUAUUCAAUUUGAUCUCCUAAUCUUCAUGGAUUGACUUAAGGGCUGUCAAUGGGCUGGGCUAGCCUAAGCCCGGCCCUUUGGUCGUUAAAAAGCCCAAUAAGUCUUAUGU